UUCGCGGUUGGCCACCGAGCCGUUCCUCGCCAAGAAGGCGGGCCGCGAUUGGCCGCGGGCUGGGGCCGGGGAAGCCUUGCAGCGGCCGGGAGCGGGGGCUGGCAGGAAAUGAGUUCUUAGUCAUGCAAUGAUGACAAUGAUACACACAAUGCCUGAUCAGGACAAAAAGCCGAAGAGCAUAGAAAAGGCAACAGACAGAAAGCCUGAUGGGAUUUCGGUGAGGGAUUAUUCCGAUCGUAAAAGACUUCAGUCCCUCUUAAAUGUUCUGUCAAGCAAACAGCAGCUUCCAGCUGUGGAUUUCCAAAGUGGUCAAUCCAGCAUGACAAGAUGUCUGCAAAAUGUCAAAAGCAAUGGACAAAACCCUCAUGGUCAGUGGCAAGAAUCAACUGAAGCUGUUGAGCUUGAAAACUUUAGUGUGACCUACAAGAAUGAGAGAAAUUUUAGCAAACAUCCUAGACAUAAGCUGUUUCAAGAGAUCUUUACAGCUUUAGUUAAGAACAGAUUUACCUGCAGAGAGUGGGUUAAUCAAGCUCCAUGCAUCCAUUUUCUUAGAGUAUUAAUCUGCCUGAGAUUAUUAAUAAGGGAUUCAUGCUACCAGGAAAUGCUCCACAGCUUGGGUGGGAUUGAAAAUCUAGCUCAGUAUAUGGAAAAAGUAGCAAGUAACUAUCUUGAUUAUGGAGAGGAGCAGCAUGAUAUAGACAAAUUGGUCAACAUGACAUACAUUUUUCAAAAGAUUGCUGCUGUUAAAGAUCAAAGAGAAUGGGUUAUAGCAAGUGGAGCACAUAAAACCUUAGUAAAUUUGUUGUCUGCCAGAGACAGUAAUGUGCUUUUAGGUGCCCUUCUUGCUCUGAUUAGCCUAGCAGAAAGUCCAGAAUGUAGGGAGAAGAUAAGUGAGCUCACCAUUGUUGAAAACUUGCUGGUGAUAUUACAUGAAUACGAUUUGCUUUCUAAAAGGCUAACAGCAGAGUUGUUACGUCUCCUAUGUGCAGAGUCACAGGUCAAAGAACAAGUAAAAAUGUAUGAAGGAAUUCCAGUUUUGCUCAGUUUACUCCAUUCUGAUCAUAUUAAGCUUCUGUGGAGUGUAGUUUGGAUUCUGGUACAGGUUUGUGAAGACCCUGAGACUAGUGCGGAAAUCCGUGUUUGGGGUGGAAUCAAGCAGCUCCUUCAUAUACUACAGGGGGAAAGAAAUCUUGUUUCUGAUCGCUCUUCAGUUGGAAGUUUAUCUAGUGCAAAUGCAUCAGGCAGAAUCCAACAUCUUCAUUUGUCAGAUGAUUUGAGUUCUGAUGAGAUACAAGAAAAUACUUUCUCCCUUCAAGCAGCUUGUUGUGCUGCAAUUACUGAACUGGUGCUCAAUGAUACUAACGCUUACCAAGUAGUACAGGCAAAUGGAAUAUAUACAAUAGCAAAGCUGAUUUUACCAAACAAAGAAAGGAAUGCUGAAAAAGCUGAUUUAUUACAGUGUUAUGCUUUCAGAGCCUUGAGAUUUCUCUUCAGUAUGGAAAGAAAUCGACAUAUCUUUAAAAGACUUUUUCCAACUGACUUGUUUGAAAUCUUCAUUGAUAUUGGACAUUAUGUGCGUGAUAUUAGUGCUUAUGAAGAGCUGGUAUCAAAGCUAAAUUUAUUAAAGGAGGAUGAAUUGAAGCAAAUUGCUGAAAGUAUUGAGAGCAUCAAUCAGAAUAAAGCACCUACAAAGCAUAUAGGCAAUUAUGCAAUUUUAGAACACAUUGGCAGUGGAGCUUUUGGAAGUGUAUAUAAGGUUAGAAAACAUAAUGGUCAAAAUCUUCUGGCAAUGAAAGAAGUCAAUCUACACAAUCCUGCAUUUGGAAAAGACAAAAAAGACAGAGACAGAAGUGUAAAGAACAUUGUCUCUGAAUUAACUAUCAUCAAAGAGCAGCUGUAUCAUCCAAAUGUGGUUCGCUAUUACAGAACCUUCUUGGAAAAUGACAGGUUGUACAUAGUCAUGGAGCUCAUAGAUGGAGUGCCGUUGGGAGAACAUUUUCACUCUUUGAAGGAAAAGCAACAGCAGUUUACAGAAGAAAGAAUAUGGCAUAUAUUUAUCCAACUUUGCCUAGCUCUUCGUUAUCUGCAUAAAGAGAAAAGGAUUGUUCAUCGAGAUCUCACUCCAAACAAUGUCAUGCUGGGGGAUAAAGACAAAGUUACAAUUACUGAUUUUGGUCUUGCAAAACAGAAGCAAGAAAACAGCAAACUGGCAUCAGUAGUGGGAACCAUUCUGUACUCUUGCCCUGAAGUUGUGAAGAGUGAGCCAUAUGGAGAGAAAGCUGAUGUAUGGGCUGCAGGAUGCAUCCUUUAUCAGAUGGCAACUCUGAACCCACCAUUUUACAGCACCAAUAUGCUCUCCUUGGCAACUAAGAUAGUAGGGGCUGUGUAUGAACCUGUGCCAGAGGGACUGUACUCUGAAAAAGUGUCACUUACUAUUAAAAGGUGCUUGACUCCUGAUGCAGAGACACGUCCAGACAUAGUGGAGGUCAGCUCUCUGCUGUCUGAUGUGAUGAUGAAAUACUUGGAUGUUUUAUCCACCUCCCAUCUCAUGUUGGAGAAGAAAGUGGAGCGGGAAAGGAGACGAACCCAGAGGUACUUCAUGGAGGCUAAUCGAAAUGCAGUAACCUGUCACCAUCAGCUUUCCAUUUUACCACAAAAGCAUUAUGAGAAGUUGAGUCUUCUUAGCAGCACCAGUGGAACACCUAGUUGCACAACUGAAUUUUCAGAAAACAUUGACAUCCCAGCUGAAAGUUUUCAAUCUGCAUGUGGAAAAGAUGAGGAAAGAACAUAUGAAGAAAUCCUGACAGAGAACAACAGCACUUUAGAAAACUCUGAGAAAGGUAUAUUCUCAGAAUUAGAUGAUGAGCUGGACGUAUUGGACAAUUCAAGUAACUCCAGUCCAAGUCAUUUGAAAGAAUCUGCUUUUGGUAUAAUUAAACGAAGUCUCAGUGCUUCUGAAAGACAACCUCAGAUUAGAGAUUAUAUUGAAGGCCUGGGAUCAAGACUGCGACCAGCAUCGACAGGAAUUGCUGUGUCACAAAGGAAGGUGCGUCAGAUCAGUGACCCUGUUCAGCAGAUUCUUAUUCAGCUCCACAAAAUUAUCUUCAUCACUCAACUUCCUCCAGCUUUGCAGUGCAACUUGAAAAGGAGAGUCAUUGAAAGAUUCAAGAAGUCCCUCUUCAGUCAGCAGAGCAAUCCUUGCAAUCUGAAAUCAGAAAUGAAAAAGCUUCUCCAAGGUUCUCCUGAAUUGAUUGAGCCAAACAUCUGUACAGCAGAUUGUCAUGCGGUACUUCUCCCAUCAGCUGCAAAUACAUUAGUUCCAGAUGAUAGAAAAGGUAUUGUUGGCACUUCUGACAUAGCAGAAGGGAUGACAUAUGAACAGUUGCAGACCUUAAUUGAAGAGAUUCUAGAGGAAAGUGGUUAUUACAAUUUUUCUUCAAACAGGUAUUUCUUCUAUCCAACAAAGGACUAUCCAGCAAAAGAAGAGAACUCAUAAUUCUGAACAAAGAGUUUAGAACUGUUCCUGGUGACGUCAAACUGCCUGUGUUUCAGCUGAUGCUGUCUGAUUACCAAAGGGGGCAAGUUUUGCUCAUUAAAUAGCAACGAGAAGGAAUUCAAGUGUUGGACAGUUUCAAGAAACCAUGUGAUUUUUCAGGAUGAUACUGUUAACUUUAACUACUUUGUUAACUACUGUUAACUUUGUUUACAGCAUAAGCACUUUACAUAGAACCCUGUGAACAAUGCUUCCAGGUUUAUACAUUAUGAG